CCUCGUGCCAUCGCAGGCUACCCAGAAGAGGUGGAUUGCAUCCAAACCACGCUCCGGCCGCUGCACCAUGGAUCCCUACAAGCUGCUCAGGGUCUCCCUCAAUCCCGACGGCUCCCUCACUCGAUCCGAUCUCAUCCCUCUCUUGCCCCCCUCCGAUCCCGCAGUCCUCUGUCAGGACCUCCCUCUCAAUCCCGCCCGCGGCACCACCUUCCGCCUCUUCCUCCCCCGCCAACCCCCUCCUGCUCCCAAGCUCCCCCUCAUCCUUUACUUCCACGGCGGCGGAUUCAUCCUCUUCCGUGCCGCCUCCGGACCCAUCCACGCUGCCUGCGCUCGCCUGGCUGCCUCCCUCCCUGCCAUUGUACUUUCCGUCGACUACCGCUUGGCCCCCGAGCACCGCCUCCCUGCCGCCUACGACGAUGCCCUCGACGCCUUCCUCUGGCUCCGCUCCCAAGCCGCGGAUGGCCGGGGCGACCUCCCCUUCCGCUAUUGCGCUGACUUCUCCCGUUGCUUCCUCAUGGGCACCAGCGCCGGCGGCAACAUCGCCUUCUACGCCGCCGUCCGUGCGGCGGCAUUGACGGACAGCUUGCAUCCGGUAAAGAUAGCGGGGUUGGUGUUGGACCAGCCCUACUUCGGGGGAGUGGAGCGGACGGAGUCGGAGGAGAGGGCGAAGGAGGACAAGAUCAUACCUUUGGUGGCGAACGACCUGAUGUGGGAGCUGGCACUGCCGGAGGGCGCGAACAGGGACCACGAGUACUGCAACCCGAUGGCGAACGAGGCGAAGCUGCUGGCGGCGGUCGGGAACUUGCCGCGGUGCCUGGUGAGGGGCCACAUUGGAGAUCCGCUGUAUGAUAGACAGAGGGAAUUCGCGGGGAUGUUGGAGAGGAGAGGGGUGAGUGUGGUGGCGAGGAUGGAGUCGGAAGGGCUUCACGGGAUGGAGAUGUUUGAUGCCAGCAAGGAAGAGGAGUUGGUGGCAGAUGUUAGAAGAUUCCUCUACUUUGAAGAUGGUGGAGGAUCUGCUGGUGUUGGCUUGCAGAGGCUCUGAGCAUCAUUUGGCUUUUGAGAUUGCCUCUUCACCAGACUGGAAUAUGGUUGUUGUAUCCAGAUUUCGAUUGAAGUUUUUCAUGCAAUUCAACUUUUGGUGAAUUAUUCGGGACUCCAAGUUAUCUCGGCACUGCACCCCAUCAGAUUAGGUACAUUGUCUAAAGUGGAUUGAUGCUGUUGAUUUGUGCUUAAACCAAGAGUGCAUCGGAGAACAUUUUGUAUGCUGUACUCUGCAAGUAGGAGUAUAAUAUUGUGUUGUGAAACUUUUAG